ACACACACACACCACCCCUCUCCAUCCAAUCUAGUAUUGAAUGGGGUAUUCAGUGGGCUGUUUGUGUGAGCUGAUUUGUGUUCCAGGGUGGAUCACAAGCUACAGCCUCCUGGGCAUUUGAGUUCAGCAGCUGGGGCCAUGGUAGGAAAAGGGGAAUGGUGGAAGGUUGCAAGGGAGAAUGGUUGGAGACUAGUUGUCAGGGUUGGGAAAAUGGAGGCGGAAAUGAAUGUGUCAGAGGAUCAGGUAUUAUGCCAACAUGCCACCAGUCACAUGUGGAGUAGACAGAAGACAAACAUGUCCUCCUCAAAGCCAUAACUGGCUAUAUAAAGGAUGAAGGAAAAAACAACAACUUUGUGCUAUGUUGGAUCAUAGAUUUACAAAAAUAUUAAUCUUCAAUACAAAUUCAAUAGAAGACCCAGUAGGGGAUUCAUACCAUUUCCAACAUCAGCUAUAGACAGAUGAAGCAAAAUAUUACAACAGAACAUUCUGUAACUGCAGUUAAAGCUUUCUGCUAAACACACUUGCAGGUAUAAACAUGUGUUCUUCAAUAAAUACACUACAAGUAUCGUUGCAGCAGAUCUUGGUGCAGAUACUCAUUCUUUACACAUGGAUCCAUUUGAUUUCAGUAGUCAAUAAAAAAGUGUUCAGGAUGUGGCAUUUGCAAUCAUUUUUGCAGCCAUUUAUUGAGUGUUUUUUAGUGACUGUGGCCUGUUUAUGGCUUGGCCCAUCAUUCUGCAGAUGGAAAUGAAAAACAAAGUGUAAAUAACCCAAUAUGUUCCAUUUACUAACAAAAUAUUAAUGCAGCACUACAUAUAUAUCCCUUGCUGGCUGGCUCUUAAAGGAUUGGUAAGUGCCGGCCGUGGACCACUCUCAGGAGUGGCUGAGUGUAUUCCACACAGGUCACGAAUGCAGAGGCUGUCCUUGGUUUAGCAUAGUCUUGGCUCAUACCCUAAAAUCUGGGUCAGAAUUUACAGAAAUAUAUACAUACAAAUAACUUAUUCUCUUGGACUGAUGCUUCUGUCUUAUAAAAACAAAUACAUUUAUAUAAAUUUGGUCACAAAAAUAAAAUAAUUUGCAGAAAUGCCACAGUAAGGUUUAUUUAUUGGAAAAAACAAAAUUCAAACUGGCAAAAUGUACAAGAUUGUCUAAGAUGUGAAAGUAGGCUAAAGCAUAUGAAAGGGCGCUUACUCUGGAGCUUAACUAUGUUUAUGAUCAUCACCUCGUCUGUACUGCACCUGAAGACAGUCCGUGGGUUCCAGGAAGUAUGGAGCAACAUGAAAAGAAAAACAAAGAAGAGCAACUAAAGAAGCGCCUCAGUGCUUGCCUGGGGCAAGGCAGUUCCUCUGAGGCGAGGCAGUUCCUCUGAGGCAAAACAAAUAAAAUGUGUAAGAGGGAGCUCUGUCUGGCAUAUCAGGAUAUGAAUUUGGAUGAAAAUUUGAGAGAUUUGUCCGACCCUGCAAGAGAUUUAUCUUGUCCUGAAACUUAUUAAGAGAUUUGGCUGGUUUUUGGAAGGAUAAAUGUAUCUGUCUGUAAAGGCUCUCUUAGUCACGACAGUGCUUUAUUGCCAGCCUUCCUAUACUUCUUGAAUCUGGUUUUAAAGUUUAUUCUCCUUUUCAAAGUAGCCUAUUUUGAAUGUGAUUAAUGCCUCAAAUUGUAAAGUCCUGGUUAAAAUGUGCUUUGUUUGAGAAAUAAUCUACAUUCAUUAGUGAAAGGUUUAGCUUUAAACUGCAGGGUUCCUAUGUUUUAUUAAUUUUCAAGAAAGAAGAUGCAACCCACAACUCAGUGGAAAACUGGCAUUACCUCUAUAAUGAAACACAAGGUUUAAAAGUCUUGUAUGGCCCAGUUGAGAUUGACGAUUGCAAUCUGGUUCCUGCAAAUACAAGUAUGUUAUUGCUGAAAGGGAGGGGGUUGAAAAGCUGACUGAGCUAAAUGUGUUUACCUCACACUGUUGGUUCAUGUCAGAAAGUAAUGGAUUAGAUGAUGACACAGAGAAUCUCGCAUUGUGGGGGAAAUAAGUCAUUCUUGUAAAAAAAACACAGAAUGUCAUCACUGGGUAACGCUACUAAAACUAUUAUUUUUGUGAAGGAAAACUUGCAUCUGCUAGUUACUCUAUAAACUCAUGAAAAUAAUGUUUCUCUAAGCUUAUUUCCAUUCCACUCUGGUCUCCCUUGGUGUUGGCGAGAAAGAAAGCCACCACAUGUCAAGCCUUUGUUUUGGACUGGGCCGUAUUCCAAAGCUGAGUCUGAGAUGAAGUUUCAUCUUUGAGGAUAAGAAGAGAAAGCUGAACCUUGACCUCAUUCAGACUGCCUUCCAUUGGCUCUGGAGAAGGUGGGCUGAAUCAUCCUGAUUCAAGAGGCUGUGUCUUCGCAUUACAGUCAAGAUACGUACAGCAACAAGCUAUGGAGCGGAACCUCUUGCUUGAGUGGAUCAUGGUCGAGCCAGCGGCAGGCUGAGAUAAAGAGGGGAUCGAUGGCCAAGCCCCUCUACAGACUGCAGCAUUUCCUCCGGAGGACCCAGCUGUUCCUGCUCUUUCUGGGUGUGGCCUACAUCAUGGCAGGGAGCGUCCUGCUGCUCCAACGGGCCAACCUGGUGGUGUCCCAGCGAGGGGCCACCAGCCCGCCACUGUCCUCCCUGCCCUCCUUACCCUCACCACCCUGGGCCCUGGGGAUGCCACCCGUGAGGCUAGGAGGCUCCGGGGGCAGGAGCUCACAGAUCAUGUCCAGGGGACAGGGGUACCAGCCUGGGAGCCCGUUGGAUGACAGGACUGGAACACGCUGGCUCAUGUCGAGGAAUCUGGAGAUCCGACACCUGCGGCGGCGCUGGUUCCACAGCCUGAUGACGGAGAAGGAUGUGUCACAGGUGGAGAGGAGCACCCCCAGGAGGAAUGUGCCUCAAAAAGGUUCUUACAUGGGCUGCUUCCUGGACAAUUCCAAGGAGCGGGCUUUGAGAGGAUCUGUAUCCACUGAUUUCCGCAAAAUGACCAGCACCAUGUGCCAGGAUACCUGCUCAGCGAGUGGCUACCAGUUUGCUGGUCUGGAGUAUGGGUCGGAGUGUUACUGUGGCAACCACAUCACCAGCCUGCGUGUGAGAGACGAGGAGUGUAACUUGGACUGUAAAGGGGAGAAAGGCUCCCCCUGUGGAGGUGUUGGGCGCCUGUCAGUGUUCACGGUGGAGGAUGUGCUUCCAGGCCAGAGGAGAUACAGGAACGUGCGUUACCGCGGCUGCUUCAGGGAGCCUGAGAACAGCUCCUCUACAUCUCUGGUCCAUGUGCUCCAGCCCAACCUCACCUCCCAGUCCUGCAUAGAGGCCUGCAUGAACAAGGAGUUUCCUCUGGCUAUGCUGAGGAGUUCGGACUGUUUCUGUGGUUACGCUACUCCUGACUUCACUCUCCAUGAGCCGGCUGAGGAGGAGCACUGUUCACAGAGCAACACCACUGAAGCUUCCUUACCAUCAACCCUCCAGCACUUCUACCAGGUCUAUCAGACACCUGUCCAAGACUCCAGAUGCACAGAGAGGAAGUUCCUACCGGAGAAGUCCAGUUCAUUGGUAGCGCUCUCCAGCUUCCCAGGAGCAGGCAACACCUGGGUCAGACACCUCAUAGAGUUGGCCACAGGGUACUACACAGGCAGCUACUACUUUGAUGGAACCCUUUACAACAGAGGCUUCAAAGGCGAGAAGGAUUACUGGAAGAGUGGUCGGACCAUCUGUGUGAAAACACAUGAGAGUGGGAAGAGAGAGAUAGAGAUGUACGACUCUGUCAUCCUGCUGAUCAGGAGCCCGUACCGUUCCCUCAUGGCUGAGUUCAACAGGAAGUGUGCAGGACAUCUGGGAUACGCCUCUGAUCAUCACUGGAAGACCAAAGAGUGGCCUGAGUUUGUAGGCAGCUACGCCUCCUGGUGGGCGUCGCACGUACUGGACUGGCUGCGGUUCGGCCGGCGAGUCCUAGUGGUCCACUUUGAGGAACUCCAGACAGCGUUGGUGCCCCAGCUACGAUCCAUCACCUCCUUCCUCAACACCACAGUGACAGAGGACAAACUGCUGUGUGCCGAGAGCAACCAGGAUGGACACUUCAAACGUUCCGGGGUCCGGCAGCCCACCUUCGACCCGUUCACACCCGACAUGAGAGGACUGAUAGAUGGACUGAUCCAUGCGGUGGACCAGGCUCUCCGGGACAGCAACCACACAGGCCUUCCACUGGAGUACCUGCCCAGAUGAUGGACAGCUAAACUCUGAUAACCCUGAUCUCCACCUCGUCCACUACCCUGUCCCUCCUCGGUUUACACUGCCUUUUAGCUGUGGUGGCACGGAUGGAUGGGUACCCCCUAUCCAACCCAAGAGAAAGUGUUUCAUUUCAGGAGCGUGCCAUGCAAAGGAAACAUAGUCAUAUACACAGAGGCUAUUCUCACAGAACACUUUCUAUGUUUUAGAAGCACUGGUUUAUCAAAGAACUGUCUUUCUGUUUUAGAAUUGUUAGGCUUUUUGGGACAUUGCCUCAUUGGGGGUGAACUUAUAAGUGUACCAAACAAUGGAAACGGUUUCCUCUGUUUUAAAUCAACUCUAAAUAAAUCGAACAUCCUAUAAGAACUAUAGGCUACAUCCUGUGGUUCAACCCACUUUUGAAUUUGAUUAUUGUGAUUAAAAUAUACAAACUAUAUAUUGGAUUACAACAUAAUAAAGUGACAUUUAAAUGA